UUCAAUUCAUUUAUCUGCAGGAAUGAUUGCCGCUAUCAGUCUCCAGCUCAACGCCCGGCUGAGGAGGUGAAACUUUCUCCCCAGGAAGAUAAACCGCAAAAGACAAUAUUGUGCAUGAUUUGCAACACACACACAUACACACACACACACGCACACACCCAUACAAAAAAAGAAAAGAAAAAGAGGAGUGUGGGGAAGAAGUAAGAGAAUAUUUCCCCGGAUAACAUUCCCACGCACGGAUCUCCGCUCUGUCACUAGACGUGGCUCGUUGAUAAAGUUGCGGUUUUGCGCCAUCGCCCAUGUGAAAAACUGCGAUCACGAUUGCUCUCCUCAGCAGCAGCACUCUGCGAGGGGCGAUCCGUGGCGUGGACGGCCCUUCGUGUUUCUUUGGAGGUGAGCGGAGAGGAGGCGGCUGCGAGAUGCUGCUGGACGCCGGACCCCAGUACUCCGCCAUAGGAGUCACCACCUUCGGCUCCUCCAGGCACCACUCCACGGGCGACGUGACGGAGCGCGAAGUGGGCUUGGGCAUCAACCCUUUCGCGGACGGAAUGGGAGCCUUCAAGAUCAACCCCAGCGGCCACGACCUCGCCCCGGGCCAGACGGCGUUCACCUCGCAGGCUCCGGGCUACGCCGCCGCGGCUCUGGGGCACCACCACCACCCUGGACAUGUCAGCUCCUACUCCAGUGCCGCCUUCAACUCCACCCGGGACUUUCUCUUCCGCAACCGGGGCUUCGGGGAGGCGGCCAGCGCCCAACACAGCCUCUUCGCCUCCGCCGCGGGGGGGUUCGCGGGGCCCCACGGCCACACAGACGCCGCCGGCCACCUGCUCUUCCCGGGGCUGCACGAGCAAGCCGCUGGCCACGGCUCCCCCAACGUGGUGAACGGGCAGAUGCGGCUGGGUUUCUCCGGGGACAUGUACGGGCGGCCGGAGCAGUACGGCCAGGUCACCAGCCCCCGCUCCGAGCAUUAUGCCUCUGGCCAGCUGCACGGCUACGGCCCCAUGAACAUGAACAUGGCUGCCCACCACGGGGCAGGGGCCUUCUUCCGCUACAUGCGGCAGCCCAUCAAGCAGGAGCUCAUCUGCAAGUGGAUCGAGCCCGAGCAGCUCUCCAACCCCAAAAAGUCCUGCAACAAAACUUUCAGCACCAUGCACGAGCUGGUCACCCAUGUCACCGUGGAGCACGUCGGGGGACCAGAGCAGUCCAACCACAUAUGUUUCUGGGAAGAGUGUGCCAGAGAGGGAAAGCCCUUCAAAGCCAAAUACAAACUUGUCAACCACAUCAGAGUCCACACAGGUGAAAAACCCUUCCCCUGCCCCUUCCCUGGCUGUGGGAAAGUCUUUGCCAGAUCAGAGAACCUUAAAAUCCACAAGAGAACUCACACAGGUGAGAAGCCUUUCAAGUGUGAGUUUGAAGGCUGUGACAGACGAUUUGCAAAUAGCAGCGACCGUAAAAAACACAUGCACGUUCAUACUUCAGACAAGCCCUAUCUGUGUAAAAUGUGUGACAAGUCCUACACCCACCCAAGUUCCCUCAGAAAACACAUGAAGGUCCACGAAUCAUCUUCCCAGGGGUCCCAACCUUCCCCAGCAGCCAGCUCAGGCUAUGAAUCUUCAACGCCCCCAACAAUCGUGUCUCCUACUUCAGAAAACCAGACCACUAGUUCCUUAUCCCCCACUUCCACAGCAGUACAUCACACGUCCAGUCACAGCACGCUCUCAUCAAACUUUAACGAAUGGUACGUGUAAACACAUAUUUAAAAAAAAAAAAAAAAAGACUUCCAAAUUAAUGAACACUUCAAAUCUAAUCCUAAAGCUGCCAAUAGACCCGGAACAGGAAUAACAAUGAAGAAUGAGACCCUAUUUUUUUUAUUUUGCUAUUUCUUCAGGCUUGGUAGAAAAAAACAACAACAUUAUAUAUAUACAAGGGGAUUGUAGAAUGCAUGAGAAGAGUUUGCCAGGCUAAGUGCCAACCGUGUAGGGUUUAAUGAAUCACUAAUUAGAGGUCUCAAUCUGCAUGUCUCUUCUGGCGGCCUUUUUUUUUUUCUUUUUGUAUAUACAGAAUUAUUAGUUCGAAAAAAAGUGUACUGUUGAUUUUGUAAAUAGUUAUCUGACAAGUGAAAGGGAACUGUGGAAUUGUGAUCACUGCAUAUAUGUGUUGGAAGAGAUUGGGGAAGGAGGGGGAAGAAGGAAGCUGGGUUUUAUUUGGAAAGCAAGUAACGUCUUAGUAAAUGUGUACCCAAAUGUGAAAUGCAUUGUAUUAUGACAGUCUAAAGCGUCCAUCUAACAGACUAUAAACUGGUUUCAGUGUUGCUUUUCUGUAUAAAGUGCAAGAUCUACGUCCAAAAAAAGUCCAGUCCGAUUUUUUAGUGCAGUGAUAUGUUGUUACACGUCAUGUCAAUUAAUUCGUACAGUGGAAUUUACGUGUCAAUCUGUUACAUUUUUGUUUAUGUAAAGUGAUAUUAAAAGAUAAAAAAAACAACAAACAAAAAACAACCUAUAUCUGUCCGUUGCUUUUGGGGGGAGGGAGGGGGGAGGUAAAUACAUCAUCAUGUAUAUAUAGUACGUCAUUUUCAUAUUUAUCCGCAUGUAAAAGGCUGGCUUAUACAUGUUAACAAAUUAUUCAAUAUUUAUGGAUAGAAUAAUUCGUAUGUCAAAUUUUAGUUUGAAAAGCUGUUUCGUAAUAUUUCGUACAUGAUUAAAGACUAUAAAAAUCUCAGCCAUUUGUGGUAGGAAUUCUUAUUUAAUAUCCCCCCCCCCCCCCGUUACCCCCCAUCCCCCACCCCACCACCGCCACCAUCAACAUCAACAACAACAACAACAACAACAACAACAUACACACGGAUAAUUAGAAUGAAAGCACUAUACUAGUAUUUUAUUUCGUUUAUGUAGAGAUACUCCAAAAUAUCUGAAGGACCCAUUCUAAUGUUUAUAUUGUCGAUGAAAAGUAUUUAUAAUAUAUUUCUUAAAUACAAAAUCGGUCCAAGUGCUUUUUCAAAAGUGGCCCUAGUAUAUCAAUAUUUAAUAAUAAAAUCGCAGGAAAUGCCCCAGGGACCAAGAACGCAUUAAUCUGCCAAACUAGACAUAGCUUUAUGAAGUAUACAUCAACAACAGUAAUAGUUAUGCUGCAUACAAAAAAAAAAGAUAUGUAUCAUUAUUUUAUAUCACAUAAUUAGCCAGUUUCUCCUAAAUCCCCAUAUUUUCCCGCAUGUAUUCUUCGGAUAGGGCUGCAGACAUAAUACUGCAACGGUCCGGAUACAUUAUAUUUUGUGUGGGAACAUGCCCUAAGUGGUGAUUUUUAUCUAAAUCAAUUACUUAGGUUGAAGUUAUCAUUACAUGGUUUCUUUUGCUUAUUAACUGUCUGCUCAGAAAAAUAAAUCAAGGCACAAUAAUUCUAUGUAAGUUGAUUAUCUAUGUCUUUUAUGUUAUUCCUAAUUUAUUUAAAGAACUCGUUCCAUUGACUGGCGUUGAUACAGUGCAUUUGUAAAUGUAGUAGCGAUAUAAAAAAUGUAAAUGACUUGUGCUUAAUGAGUGCUGCAGGACGCCUUUUCUUGAAAUCAGAUUGUCUUUGUUGCAGUUUAGUUUGAUAGAUUUGGAGGCUAUAACCUACCCUUUAACUUAGCUAGGCUUGCUGAGGAGUACUGUCUAUUGUCUCUGUCUAGUCUAUGAUAACAUAGCCAUACUGCUCACACACUGGCAGACCUACUGUAUAUUAUUUGUAUGACCGUUUCUCCCCCUUCUAAUUUUGAAUUAUUUAAUAAUGUAAAGAUUGUGAGGUUGUCUGAUAUUUGCAAAGGAGAAUUAUUGACAUUCCAGCGCAAAUUCCAUAAUGCUACCCUCCCAGUUUUUUUUUUCCUUGUAUAGAGAUGUAUGUAGCAGGGGAUGCAUGCAUGGGAUAAUUGCCAGAGAGGAGAAGAGCGCCACCUUGCAUUUAGAAAACAAAACUUUAGAAACAAUCCGCUGGCAGUGCAAGGGCAAUUCACUAUACACUAGUUCAUCGUAGCCUUAGUAGAGGCAAAAUAUUUUUUUCAAGUAUAGAACAAUUUUCUUAAUAUUUAAUACAGCAACAGACGCUCUCAUGUACACACACACACACACACACACACACACACACACACACACACACACACACACACACACACACACACACACAC